AUCUUUUACACAUUGAGGAGUGGGAGGGAGCAGUCACCAGUAGCAGUAAUGUUAGGAAGCAUGACAAGGCCAAGCAUGAGCUGUCUCCUGCUUGUAGUACUCAUUGGUACUUCAUCAGGCACAGAUGUGGGAAACUCCACGAAAAGUGAAGAGCCUGUUAGAAAUGCUAAGGUCCUUGCAGAUGUCCCAUCUACCAAUGUCUUUAUAGAGUCUUCAGAACUUGCUGUGAUUGGAUUUAUCGAGGAUCCAGAAGCACCAGAGGUUCAAGAAUUUAAUGCACUUGUGAACAAGCACCCAGAAUGGGAUUAUGGAAUAAGCACCAGCAAAGAAGUUUUAAAGCACUUCAAAAUCGAAGGCAAUACAGUGGCACUGUUCCGCCAGGUAGACAACAAGAGAGAUGACUUAAUAUUAAAAGACUUCCCAGGAAUCAAUAUUGAGAAGCUCUUCCGUUUCUUGACCAUAAAUGAACUGAGAAUGGUGACAGAUUACAAUGCAGUGACAGCUAUUGGACUUUUAAACAGCAACAUUCAAAUCCACCUGCUCCUGUUCAUAGACAAAGGAUCACAGAAACAAGAGGAAAUACUGAAGGAAUUUCGAGAGGCAGCAGUGGAACUGAAGGGAAAGGUUCUGUUUGUGAAAGUGGAUGUGACCAUCAGAAGCAAUGAAAAAGUAAUGUCUUAUUUCCAGCUCAAAAGAAGUGACCUACCAAGAGUGGUCAUUUUCAAUAGUGAAGAUGAGAACAAAAAAAUCAUGGCUGCUGGUCCUAUAACUGCUAAACACCUCAAAGAUUUCUGUUAUGGAUUUCUGUCUGGGAAGAAUUCUGAGGAAGAGCAAGACAAGAAAGAAGAGAAAACAGAAUUAUAAUAUAUCAUUAACAUUAAAAUGUGUUUUGAAGAAAUAAAAUCAUCUUUUUCUAAUGAA